UCACACCGGGUUCCUUCACGAUCACGGCUUUGAAGAUGUCAAUCACUUUUUCUGGGUGGGAGGCUGUGAAGGACAGGAAAAACCUUAGUGCAAAUGAGGAGCCUAAGAAAGGGCACUGCUACAUGAUGUACCAUGGUACACAUCUCCAGAAUGCUAAGACCAUCAUUUCCCGGGGUUUUCAACCAUCCAAGGAUGGCCUGUUGGGCCCAGGGGUGUACGUCAGCCGCAACAUUGAAAAAGCAAAAUGCUACCCACUGACGGUGGACAAAAAGGACAAGGUAGUGUUCAAGCUGCAGGUACGUGUGGGCAAGGUGAAGAAGAUAAAUUGCGACAACCACCCCAUGCAGAAAACCUGGCACCAGAACGGUUUUGAUUGUGCCUGGGUGCCUCCCAACUCUAGCAUCAGCAGUAUCCGCUCAGGCAGGGAGGAAGAUUGCGUAUGGGACCCCAGCAGGAUCUCAAUCGUGGAUGUGGCCUGCUGUGUGGAUCCGGCCACACGCAAGGAGCUUCGCAGACUGAUACAGCACAAUAACAGGUCAGGAGGGGAGUGCGACUUGUGCCAUGAGGAGUCUGACUGCAACCCACAUCCAGUCCAAAGCUGCUGGCAGUGUGGUAAAACCAUAUGUGCCUUUCAGCAGAAACACCACUGUAAGCACUGAUGAUGCUCACCUCCUUAUCUGUGAGGCUGCAUAAGUUUGCCUUGACUCCAAUGAUUUUCU